AUGAGAGGGACGGCAGCCGCUUCGCUGCUGGUUUUCUCGGGCCUGGUGGCUCUGACCCGGGCGAGAGAGGUGCAGGUGGACGACGUGCCCGUCGAGUGCGCGACGAUAUGCGGGCCCAUCGUCGAGCUGACGUAUAAGUGCGACGUCGACAACAGCUUCGACGAGCUGAAGCGACGCCAGGCCGACAUUCCCCCUCUACCGGAUCUAGAAGCAGUCGGGGCGAAGGAAAGGAGACACCCCCAAGGCGUUGCUCCCGGCGUCGCGCGCCGCCACCACCACCGCCGUCCGGCCGGGGACAACGCCGGCGCGACGACGCCGGCCCUCGAUGGGCAACAAGCCGCUCCUACGGGCCCCAACCAGGCACAACCGGCCCAAGAUGCGCAGCAGCCGGGCGCGGAGCCUGCGCCCGCCUUCAUCGCCACGCUUCCUUUUGCCCCUCCCGCCCCGGAUCCUGCGCAGAGCACGCCAGAUCCGCAGAACACUCCUACACCACCACCACCACCACCACCACCGCCGCCUCCUCCUCCUCCACCUCCCCCUCCCCCUCCUACUCCUCCUCCUCCUCCUCCUCCUAUCCCAACACCUUCGCCACCUCCGCCAGUGUUGAUCACUUCGACCGUCUUCCAGACGGUGUCGCCUCCGAUGGUACCCACACCGGCCCCGCCACCGCCGCCACCGCCGCCGAUCAUGGCCCCACUACCCGUGCCGAUUGCGUCUCCCGUGCUGGCGCCGCCGCUGCCGCCGAUCCAGCCGUUUCCCAUAAUCUCCAUUGCACUCCCGAAGCUACCACCACCUCUGCCACGGCCGCCGAAGCCGCCGGCGUCGUCUUCGUCAUCGACAUCGACAUCACAACCGCCGCCACCGCCGCAAGAGCCGCCCCCCGCGCAACAACCCCCCGCCCAAGAGCAGCCAGCCCCUGACCGGCCUCUCCCCCCUCCUCCGGCUCCUCCUCCUCCUUCAACCUCGUCCUCGUCAUCUUCUUCGUCAUCGUCUCCAGCACCAGAGCGGACGAGGACGCCGCCGCCGGAAACACGACCGACGCCGCCGCAGGCGUCCUCGAGCAACCCCGCGGCGGUUCCCGUCGCGAGCGGCAGGCCCGAGAAGCAGCCGGGCCAGCAGCCGCAGGACGACCGCGAGAACGCCGAGAAGCAGUGCAUCUGCACCAACAAGAGCUUCAACGUCCAGUUGCUGGCGGGCCUGUGCCAGAGCUGCAUACGAAAGUCCGGAAACCGGGCGAACAAUCUGGACAUCAUCAUGGGCCAAUGCAACUUUGCCGAGGCGGAUUACACGCCCAGCAAGGACAGGCUCGUCGAUAACAUCCGCGUCGUGGCGCAGAGGCCUUUUCUGUCGUCUAGCGGUAACGCAAUGGGCGACGCCGGCAGAGUGAAAACUGGAACCGCAGCGGCCGCGGCUGUCAUUGUUAGUCUCGUGGCGGGCAUGGCGUUACUCCUAUAA